AUGAGCGAAUCCGCGGCGGAAGUUAUUUUUCCACCAAAAUAUGUCAGAACUAUUAUAGACAAAACCGCCCAGUUCGUGGCAAAGAAUGGCGACCAGUUCGAACAGCGCAUACGAGCUGAACAGGGCGAGGGCGCUGCCGGUUCUGCCGCAAAAUUUGCCUUCCUAAAUCCGAAUAACGCGUACCACGCAUAUUAUAGGCUCAAGCUAACGGAACUGAAAAGUGGCAUAGAUGUGGAAAUCAAGCCUUCCAUACCGCAGGCUAUCCUAGACAGGCGCAAGAAGCUCGAAUUGAAGAAUGAAUUCAAGGAGAGGCUGCUAGCGCUCACGGAUUUCGGCGCGAGCGGCGCGGACGACGAAAUAGACGAGCCAGAGAAGGACGCCUUCACAUUUACGCAGCCAUUUGUGGCGGCCAUGGACAUGGAUAUCAUUAAGGCGACGGCGACAUUCGUGGCAAGGAACGGGCAGCGGUUCUUGGUUGAACUUGCGAAGCGCGAAAAAAGCAACCCGCAAUUCGACUUUCUCAGCCCGUCACAUUGCCUCUUCGGUUUCUUCACUAGCCUCACCGAGUCGUACACCAAGUGCCUGCUGCCAACCAAACCGCAGAUUGAAAAACUCAACACCGUGGCCAAGGACAAAGUCGCAUACCUUAGGAAAUGUCAGAAAAGGGCAGACUGGGAUGCGCGCCAACAGGCAAAAACCGCAUCGGAAGAAAUGCGAAAAGCGGAGGAGCGCAUGGAAAUGCAGUCCAUCGAUUGGCAUACAUUCUUCAUCGCAGAGACAAUCACUUUCACUCCUGUAGGUUGUCAGAUGCCAUCAAAAAUUACGGUUCUUUUGCAGAACGAAGAGGGACUGCCGCCACCAAUCGACUUCACGCAACCGGGAGCUGCCAUGCUGCUCAUGACACGCAACCCAAGGACUGCCGCAACGGAAAGAAACAGUGGAGAACAAUUGACAUCCGUCAUUCCUCUGGAUGCAGAUCAAAUAAAUCCGGAAGUUGCGGUUGUUGUGGAUGAUGAAGAGGAAAAGACCGAGGAUCCAUCCACGGCAGACAUUACAGCACCCGAACCGCAGGAAGCGGACAAUGCAGUGGCCGUAGAAACUGUACCCACUGUCUCCAAAUUCUCGGAUGCGCCUGAGAGUUAUAAAAGACGGGUUGCCAGGGACAAUGAUGUUAGCAUUGACGGAGAUGAAAUCAUCAAGGUCAAAAAGUCGUACACAAGGAAAUCGAAGGCUCAAACUGCUGUUGAGAUGCAGAGGUGCCCUAUUACAGGCCAGAUGAUACCGGCCACAGAAAUGUCGGCGCAUCUGAAGAUUCUUCUGCUCGACCCCAAGUGGAAGCACCAGAAAGAGCGUUUCAUAGAGAAGGCCAUGAAAGAAAGCGCGUUUGCGCCAUUAGAAGGUAAUUUGCGUGUGAACUCCCCAAAUUAUGUGCAGACGUCGAGGGGAACCUUGCAUCAUUCGUGGCGGGCAGGCCCGACCUUUUUGGUACGGCAGACGACGAGGUAA